CGCCUCUCUCCAAUGGAGAAAGAACGCUCCCUUAACAAACCGGGAACUGUUUCAGGUCCACAAAUGACAGUGCAGAGGGGCGGGGUCAGUCUGUCACGUGAGCGGGGCGGCACUGGCUGCAGGCGAACGCGGCGCGCAGGCGUCUUAGGGACCCGGUAGCGACGGCGGCGGCGGCGGCGGUCACAGCGGCGGCGGGAGCUGGUCGCUGACCAAGCGGGAGUCGCCAUGGCGGCAGACGGAGAGCGCUCCCCGCUGCUCUCCGAGGCCGGCGAUGGCGGCGCUGGUGGCAACGGCUUAGCGGGUCCGGGCGGGAGCGCGACUGGGCCCGGUGGAGGCCUGACGCCCUCCGCACCUCCGUACGGAGCCGCAUUUCCCCCGUUCCCUGAGGGGCAUCCAGCUGUGUUGCCUGGAGAGGACCCACCCCCCUACUCACCCCUGACUAGCCCGGAUAGUGGGAGUGCCCCCAUGAUUACCUGUCGAGUCUGUCAGUCUCCGAUCAACGUGGAAGGCAAGAUGCAUCAGCAUGUAGUCAAAUGUGGUGUCUGCAACGAAGCCACCCCGAUCAAGAAUGCACCUCCAGGAAAGAAGUAUGUCCGAUGUCCCUGUAACUGUCUCCUUAUCUGCAAAGUGACUUCUCAGCGGAUUGCCUGCCCUCGGCCCUACUGCAAAAGAAUCAUCAACCUAGGGCCUGUACAUCCAGGACCUCUGAGUCCAGAACCACAGCCAAUGGGUGUCAGGGUCAUCUGUGGACAUUGCAAGAAUACGUUUCUGUGGACAGAAUUCACAGACCGAACCUUGGCACGAUGCCCUCACUGCAGAAAAGUGUCAUCUAUUGGGCGCAGAUAUCCUAGGAAGAGAUGCAUUUGCUGCUUCUUACUUGGUUUACUCUUGGCAGUCACUGCCACUGGCCUUGCUUUUGGCACAUGGAAGCCUGCACAGCAAUAUGGAGGUAUCUAUGCAGCCUGGGCGUUUGUCAUUUUGUUGGCCGUUCUAUGUUUGGGCCGGGCCCUUUACUGGGGCUGUAUGAAGGUCAGCCAUCCUGUCCAGAACUUCUCCUGAGCCCCUUGAUGCAGUGUGUGCCUGGCGGCUGCCUGGUACCACAGUAACACUACAAAAGGCUCUCUGGACUUCUAAAGGAAGCCAAACAGCUGGCUCCCUUUUCCCUGGGGAGAGGUAGGAAGGAACCAGCCCCUGACUUAGGUUUGGAGGGGUAGGGAAGACCAUUGCUGACUGGCUGCUUUCUUCCAAGGACUGCUGUUUAGGGUAAAUAGACAACAUUGCCCCUAAGCCUGGAUCCUAAAGAUGGUUCUAGCCAUGUCCUUCCUGUAUGUGCUCUUUGAGAACCAUUCCUGUCCCUCAGUACAUUCCAGGGCAGGGUGGGGGUGGAAAGUGGGAGGGGGUGUUCCCCUCCCUCUUGUGUACCGUUAGGACCUUGCUGCUGCUAUUGCACUUCACCAGGGGCUGGCUCCGGCCUCAACACCCUCAGUCUCUUCUCCCCACAUUUCGGGUCCCGUGGGGUGGGGUCAGCCACUGCUCUGUACAGAACUACAGGAACUGUUGUGUAUAUAUAUAACUAUUUAAUAUGGGAUAUGUUCCCCUAACCCUGUGCAUCCCUGAAUUCCUCCUUCCGGCUUUACUUCCAGUUGAAGUAUUGAACUGGGCUGAGGUAGGGUCACUGUCUUGGGAGAGGUCAGGGAUUCAUCUGUGCUUGUAAAUAAAUAAUGUCAUGACUGUAA